CUCUUCGUUACUUUAACCGGGGAUGAAAACUAGUGAUAGAUAGACAGACACACUUGCGGUUGCGCUUCAGGAGUGUUAAGUCCCGCCAAAAUGCUGACAAUAACCACCGCCUCCGCCUCCAUAUCUCCACCAACACCACCUAACCUCCAACUAAUCAACCGCCGUCACUUGCUGCUUCUCACUUCCCUCUCCUUAUCUUCAUUCUCAGUCUCAGAUUCGGUGGCCACUGCUCGUGGCCUUCUCCAGAUGCCCCCACCUCGCCUCACUAACAGGUACUUUUUGGUGAGGGCUGGGGAGUCCCAAUAUGAGAGCCUCGGAAUAAUCAACACCAACCCUGUAGCAAAAACUUCUGUUGAUAGUGGGUUAUCAGACAAGGGGAAAAAACAGACUCUGAAAUCUGCUUUGGAAUUGAAGGCUAUGGGGGCCUGUGAAAGGAAUUGCUGGAUUUGGCCUUCUAUUACUCAAAGAGCUUACCAGGCUGCUGAGAUCAUUGCAGCUGUUAAUGGUGUCAGUCGUAGUUAUAUAGUUCCAGAGUACAGCUUCCUGGAUGCUCGUGGACUGGGAGCAUAUGAAGGCAAGGAACUGGAAGCCAUUUCACAAGUUUAUGAAUCGGAUAGCAUAUCUUCUACAAUCAAGCCACCUCCUAUAGAUGAUGGAACACCAAAUGAAAGUGUGGCAGAUGUAUUUGUGCGUGUGACACAACUCAUGUCUAUCCUUGAGACUCAGUACUCUGAAGACACUGUCAUUAUAGUGUCUCCAGAUUCUGACAAUUUGACGAUAUUGCAAGCUGGUUUAGUCGGACUUGAUCUUCGAAGGCACAGUGAACUUUCCUUUGGGCCAGGCGAAGUAAGAUAUGUAGAUCCAAGUAGCAUUCCAACCUACAAGCAACCUGCAUCCGCUGUGUAUAAAUGUUUAAACCCACCAAACUGUAACUAAUAUAGCUAGGCCUAGGAGCAUUAUAUCUUUAUAAAUACAAAGUCUAAUGUAUACAAGAGAAAGCAUCUGAUGAUGAUUAUUUGCCCUUUCUGGAUCA